AUGAGGAACCUGGGGAGGCCUCCGCACCCCGUGGUGCUGCAGUGGAUUGCGGAGGCGUGGGAUCAAGUUCCCACCGAGGUCAUCAUUGACGCGUUCCGCCACUGUGGGAUUUCAAGCAAGCUGGACGGGAUGGAGAACCACCUGGUGAUGUCUCACCUGCGCGCGAGGAGCACCACUGAUGUCUCCGAGGACAUGUGCUUCAGGGGGACCACGGGCGAUAACACGCGCCUGCUUGGGCAGGCUCCGAAGGAGGAAGAGGAGGAGGAGGAGGAGGAGGAGGAGGAGGAGGAGGAGGAGGAGGGAGAGGAGGAGGAGGAGGAGGAGGAGGAGGAGGAGGAGGAGGAGGAGGAGGAGGAGGAGGAGGAGGAGGAGGAGGAGGAGGAGAUGCAGGCGGAGGGGCGUCAGGGAGGUCGGCAUGGCAACCGGGCUGGAGGUGCUGUACCAGGAGACCCCCAACUACCGCGGAGCGGCUGCCGAGGCUGA